AUGGCUGGGUCCGCUGAUGGAGAGCAGGCUGGAAGGGCUCCUGUCUUUAAGCGCUCAGCAAGCUGGUAUGGAGUGAAGCUGUGCCUACUGAGGGAGUCUGUUGAGAUGGGUUAUGAGACAGGGCAGAAGGAGCGAAGUCUUCCAAGAAGGAACAGUUUUGGUCGGACCAGCAAUAGGAAGAGUCUGAUUAUGACCUGUGGCUCUUCGCCCACUCUGCCGAGGCCUCUCUCCCCAUUUCAUGGAUACACAGUGAACAGCCCUUUGGACAGCCCCCGCAGUUUUUCUCCUAAAACUGCAACUCACUUUUCUUUCAUUCAGCUACGAAGGACAGAAGGACGCCGCUGGUCUCUGUCCUCCCUGCCCUCCUCAGGGUAUGGUACCAACACACCCAGUUCCACAGUCUCAUCAUCAAGUUCAUCUCAGGAGAAGCUGCACCAGCUGCCCUACCAGCCUACAGUUGAUGAGCUGAACUUCCUUACAAAGCACUUCAGCUCUGAGACCAUCCCGAAUGAGGAGGGACACAGCUCAUCUGUCAUGCGCCCCCGCUCCCACAGUUUUAGUCCUGGCUGGUCAGCAACCUCCUACGACCAUGAAAUCAUCAUGAUGAACCAUUUGUACAAUGAGCGGUUCCCCAAAGCCACAGCUCAGAUGGAAGAAUGUCUGACAGACUUCCUAUCCUCAUCAGCCCCUGAGAAGGCCAUGGCCAGUGGGGUCAUGAACUUCAUCCACCACCAGCUGAUGGAGCUGUCCAGAGACUGCCUGGAUAAAUCUCGCAAGGGCCUCAUUACUUCCUGCUAUUUCUAUGACCUGCAGGGGAACCUGGAGAAACUGCUGCAGGAUGCUCAUAAAAGGUCAGAGGGAGUGGACAUCAAUGUCAUCACCCAGCUGGUCAGGAAGCUGAUGAUCAUUAUCGCUCGACCUGCACGCUUGCUGGAGUGCCUGGAGUUUGACCCUGAGGAGUUCUACUGCCUUCUGGAGGCCGCAGAGGGCCGCGCUAGAGAGGGCCAGGGCAUCAAAUCGGACAUCCCUCACUACAUCAUCAACCAGCUGGGCCUCACCAGGGAUCCCCUGAAGGAAAUGGCCCAGCUGAGCGGCCUUGACAGCCAAGAGAUGGACAGCAGUGUGGAGAGUCCCUGUGCCACAGUGCGAGAGACCAGGACCAAGACCCCAUGUGAGGAGGACUUUGAGAACAUCAAAUUGAUCAGCAAUGGGGCCUAUGGUGCAGUGCACCUGGUGCGGCAUCGGGAGACCCGACAGCGCUUCGCCAUGAAGAAAAUCAACAAGCAGAACCUGUUCCUAAGGAACCAGAUCCAGCAGGCCUUUGUGGAGCGUGACAUCCUCACCUUCGCUGAGAACCCCUUCGUGGUCGGCAUGUUCUGCUCAUUCGACACACCCCGGCACCUCUGCAUGGUCAUGGAGUAUGUCGAAGGAGGGGAUUGUGCCACCCUGCUGAAGAACAUGGGGGCUCUGCCAGUGGACAUAGCACGAAUGUACUUCGCUGAAACCAUCCUGGCGCUGGAGUAUCUGCACAACUACGGCAUUGUGCACAGAGACCUCAAACCUGACAAUCUGCUUAUCACCUCCAUGGGUCACAUCAAACUGACAGAUUUUGGGCUUUCCAAGAUUGGCCUAAUGAGCCUCACCACCAACCUGUAUGAGGGACACAUAGAAGAGAACAGGCGCGAGUUUUUGGACAAACAGGUGUACGGCACACCUGAAUACAUUGCCCCAGAAGUGAUCCUGAGGCAGGGCUAUGGCAAGCCGGUGGACUGGUGGGCCAUGGGUGUCAUCCUGUACGAGUUUCUGGUGGGCUGCGUGCCAUUCUUUGGAGAUACACCAGAAGAGCUGUUUGGCCAAGUCAUCAGUGAAACAGUGACCUGGCCAGAGGACAAAGAAGCCCUGCCCGCAGAUGCCCAGGACCUCAUCUCCAAGCUGCUCCAACAGAGCCCCAUGGACCGGUUAGGAACAGGCAGUGCCAUUGAGGUAAAGCAACACCACUUCUUCAAAGACUUAGACUGGACCAGCCUGCUUCGGCAGAAGGCAGAAUUCAUUCCACAGCUGGAGUCUGAGGACGACACCAGCUACUUUGACACUCGGUUAGACAGAUAUCAGCACAUUGAAUCAGAUGGGGAGCAUGCAUACGAUGAUGACUGCGUUGAGGUGCGUCAGUUCUCCUCCUGCUCGCCCCGAUUCAGCAAGGUAUGCAGCAGCAUGGAACGUCUGUCCCUCCAUGAUGAAAAAAGCAUGCUACCUUCACUGACACACAGUCUGAACGAGGAACUGCCCCACUCACAUGUUAUUGAAAGAGAGGACAGCAGCAGCCCAAAGAAGGGGCCCAUGGCAGAGGGUACUAUCCCCGGCCCGCAGGGCUCCAUGAACAGCCCACUGAGCAAAGCCUCUUGCAGCAGUGCAGAGGGGGCUGAAAGCUCUGCCCCCAAAACCACCAGCGCCCUUGCAGCCCGCCGCAAACGCACCUCCCGACCACUUAGCAGGAUUGUUAAGCCUGCCUCCACCUACUCGCUCUUGCUCCCUGCAGUAUCCUAUGCCAGCUCCCCUCUGGACAGCCCCAUGUCACCCCACUCCUUUUCGUUUGACCCCUUGUUGCGGGACUCCUCCCCAAAGAGGGAACCGGCCCCAGCCAUUGUCGUCCAGCGCACAGGCAUGAAGUAUGGCUUCACGCUGCGCGGCAUCCGGGUCUUCAUGGGGAACACUGAUGUCUACAGCUUGCACCACAUGGUUUGGCAUGUGGAGGAGGGGGGCCCAGCGCAUAGAGCAGGGCUGAGAGAAGGAGACCUUCUGACCCACAUCAACAAUGAGCCCGUGCAUGGACUGCUGCACACUGAGGUGCUGGAGCUCAUUCUCAAGAGUGGCAGCAGAGUCUCUCUCUUGGCCACACCCUUGGAAAACACCUCUAUCCAGGUGGGCCCCCCCCGUAGGUCUGUCUGGAAGUCCAGGAUGGCUUGCCGUAGUAGGAGGACCAAAGCCAAAGAGUGCCAGGAGAGUAAAAAGAGAAGCUCCCUGUUCCACAGAAUCAGCAAGCAAAGCAGACGCUGCUUGUCCUCGCUCGCCCGCUCUCCGUCACCUGGCAAGAGUGUUCUCACACCCCCCACACACACACAGGGGCACAGCCCUGGCCCAGAUUCCACCCACUCUGUUGGCAGGAAUGUGUCCCAGGGCAGCUCUCCCAGUUCCAGUGCACCAACCUCCCCAGUUACCUCUGGCCAUACUCCACCCAGCUCCCAGCAUGGCCUUCUGAGCCAGUACCAUUCGCCCUGGCAGAAACUUGUGAAAAACAUACCCCUGUCCCCACUGGUCCGUACCUCCUCACCCACACCCCAGAACACCUCUCCUCCUCAUUCACCCUCCCUCACAUCCAGCCAUGCCUUGUAA